AAAAAAGGCGAUGUGUCCACUCGAGGCGUCGUGCCGAUUGACGCAUUUAGAGCCGGCAGCGGUUCUUUCGUCUCGGACGGGAGAGCGGAACUAGUCGCUAGGCGACCUUUCGGACACAGACACGACCCGUUGGAAGAACCGGCGAUGCCGGCGCCCUUGUUCGUCACUCGGUGCUGUCGCGAAUGUGAAUCCGAUGCUUCGAUGCCCGUGGCAACUGGAUUAAGCGCCUUGCCGGGCAGUGGACACUGUCCGGCAGAAGACGCCGCGAAACCGACACCAGAAGAGGGCAGAUUGAGGAGAGCCGAUUGGCGGACAGACCGGACACACACGCAAGGGUCAGACGGUGACAGUUGUCAGUUCGGCGGGACUCCCGAAGAUGCGUCUAGCCUGUCGUGUCCGGCUGGCCGGGAGGUACAGAAAGAAUCCGUUGACUCGAGCCAGAGUCCGACAUUGCUGAUGGCGCCGGCAGCGUUGACGACAGAGGUUGCUUUCGAGACCGAGUCCCUCCGGUUGUUUCUCGCUCAGGCAGGCGAAGAGAACUCGCCUGGUUGGGACGUUGGGCCGAAGAUGAGGACAACUCGAGGUGAAUUGGUAUGCCGAAAGGUGAGAAGCAGAAGACUGGUUGCAUGUAGAGAAAUCAGAGCGACAGCUACAUGGGCAAACUGCUGGUGCUGGUGCCUGGCUCCGGGCCUGUCUAUGCAUAGACCUUGUGUGUCCGCUUCCAGCCAUCGUUCGCGUGUAGUCGUGCACACUCACACGUCUGUGCAUUUGUUUGCUCGUCUCAUCUGCCGUCUCAGCAGCGUCUGUAUGCCUGUCUCCUGGUCUCCAGGACUGGCACCAAACUCCACUUGUUUGUCCAUCUAUCUACCUCUCUCCGCAUCCACUGCACGACCUGAGAGUUUGUAG